CGAUUUUAAUUCGAAGGUAAUCUUGUUUACAAAUUUAUAUAAGUUAAAAUGCCUGUCAGCCGGUUGGAUGUAGUAUAUAGAAAAUUACUUUUAACUAAGUUUUUUACAAAGGGUUGGGGAUCCCCGGAGAAUUUACAAAGACUUUUCGACUUUAGACAAGUAAUUUCAAACCGAGAGACUUGCUACAAACUUGUGCCUAAAAAUUACCCAAUUACUAUAAUAAAUGAAGUUACAAGGUCUGAUUGUCGAAUAAUAGAAGGUAAAUUUAGAAGCCCAUUUGCUCUACACUUGCCAGGAUUAGUAUCAGAAGAAAUACAUGACUCAUUUUUUCAAAUGAUAUUACCUUUGAAAUGGAAAAAUGAUUAUAAACCAAUCUGUAUUCACUUGGCUGGAACAGGGGAUCAUUAUUUUUGGCGUAGACGGAACAUAAUGGCAAAGCCGUUAUUAAAAGCAGGUAUUGGAGCUAUCAUAUUAGAAAACCCAUACUAUGGUAUUAGAAAACCGAAAGAUCAAAUUAGAUCUAGUUUGCAUUAUGUUUCCGACAUAUUUGUGAUGGGAGGGUGCCUUGUAUUAGAAUGUUUAGUCCUUUUAAAUUGGUGUGAAAUUCUUGGAUUUGGACCUUUAGGCGUUACUGGCAUUUCAAUGGGAGGGCAUAUGGCUUCAUUAGCAGCAACAAAUUGGCCUAAGCCUUUAGUACUAGUACCCUGCUUAUCAUGGUCCACUGCAUCCUCCGUGUUUACAGAGGGAGUGAUGAGCGAAUCUAUUGACUGGGACAUGUUACAAGCACAAUAUAUCUCAAACGAAUUAUACUGUGAUACACUUUCGAAGUUAUGUAAAAUUGUUGAUGACCCUUUUGCGUGUGACCUCAGUAGAUUACCAGAUGUUGCAUUUGAUACAAUUCCAGACCUAUAUAACAGUUCAUGCACAAGUUACGUUACACCUCAUAAAGUAAUAAGUAUGUUUAACGUGGCUACUUCAAAUUGUCCUACCAUAGCUUAUAAACAAUCUAGUCAAACAAAAACCCUGUUUUCCUCUGGAGAAUACUCAUUAAUGAAUUUAUUGAAAGAGCCUCAUCCAUUACUGAAACCUAAAAAAAGUAGAGUAGAUGUGAAAAAGCGAGCAAAAGAAGCUCUUUGGUUUAUGAGAGGAAUGAUGGAUGAAUGUACCCACUUGAAGAACUUUUCAGUGCCAUAUGACACGUCGCUGAUUAUUUCUGUUUGUGCAAGAGCAGAUGGUUAUGUACCUAGAGGCGGAAUUUCAACAUUAGAAGAUAUUUGGCCGGGAGCCACGGUGAAAUAUGUUGAUUGUGGACAUGUUGGUGCAUACAUUUGGUACAGGAAAGUGUUCAGAGAAUCCAUUAUCGAGGCUUUUAACAGAGCCAAGAAAAAAUUGCCUCCACCAUCCCCUAGUAAAUAUGAAGUUUGAUGGAACUAGUUGCGUCCUAAAGACCAGUAUUUACUGACAAAAAAUUUGCUAUGUGCCUUUUGUUAAUUGUUUUGUAAUUUUAUUUUUCAAGGAUUAAUUGUUACUUGUACCUGACUACAUUAUAAUGAUGU